UAUGACUGGCGCCUUAUUGAGUUUCUUGAAUUUAAGAAAGGUGACAUUUUGGCUGGUCUUUCAAAGACUUCUGCACAUAAUGCAUAUAAAAGAAGUUUGCAACUGAUCUUGGAGUCAGAACCACUGGAAAACAUCUCCAUUGCUAUUAUGAAACAGUUGACACAAAAGAUACAGGAAAGUGAUGAAGUUAAUAUCUACAGAAAAGAAUACAUUAAAUUUAGAAACAUUUCUUUUCAGGAUGUUCUCAAAAUUUGUGGGGAAAGAUGCUAUGAAGAAAUUGAUGGUGUAAUCCAACUAGAGAUAAAGAGAAGGGAACUUGAAGCAAGCAUAAGGACAACAAUGAAUAAUGGAUGUGAAGCUCAAAGUUUAAAUCCCUUAAAAGUAGGAUUCCCUGAGAUAGCAAAAGAAAUAGAAAUUCAUGCGCAAGAACAGACAAAGUUAACUAGUUUGGGACCAACUCUUACAAAGUGGUUAUGA